GUUCUAGGAUGGAAGAGAAAAGUAGAGGAGGAAUGUGGACGGAUACCAAUGCUUCUAGUUCAGAAUAAAAUGGAUUUAUUACACGAAUCUACGGUGGACAGUGAUGAAGUUGAAGAAAUGAGCCGAAAACUAGGAUUAAAACUCAUCAAAACUUCAGUUAAAGAAAAUCUAAACACAGCUCAGGUCUUUUCCUGCUUAUCACAGCUCUGUUUGAAUGAGAGAACUGAAGAACUAAAGCGAGAACAGUUUUAUACCAGAAUAGGAGGAAGUUUAGGGCUAGAAAGAAAAUCAUGGCGAGACAGAAAACACAAUUCGGCUGGCAUUAGAGAUUUAUUAGUUAGAAGGAAGGAAGCCCUGCAGUGUAUCCGGCUGAGAAAUGAAACCCUGUAUCAUCCAACACGAACCCUUCAGAUUACCUCCUCACAAUCUAACUCAGGAACAAAAUGGCGUAAAUCAAGAAAAUGGCGGGAAGUGUCUGAGCCUGGCAGCCAUUUCUUACAACAUUGUAACAUUUUAUGAAAAGCAAAUAAAAUAAAACAUAAUAUUUAGAGAGAA